CAUACAUCCUGGUCCCAUCGUCGUCCCCUUAGAACGCUCAGUCCGACCACGUUCCUUCUCCAUCACCACUGGACCUUGACGACCUCACGUCUUGGACUGUCGCACCAUUCUUCGGCUGUGCAGUAUACCUUCCUUCGACCGGGCACUAGUAAGCCGAUGCCCCCAAGAUGGUCGUCAUGGUAGCCGAAUACAACCUCAAGGCUCGAUGUCCAGCGCAGCGAGAAUCUUUGACGAGUCCCGCUGGUUUCCUUCGACUCUACUUGAUCUCGCACGAGGCCGUAAAGCCCUCGUGCUAUUGGUUCCACCCUUCAGGCGAACUCCAUUCGGGCCUGAGCUGGGGUCCCCAUUGAGAUCACAACUCUUCGAUGAUGAACAAGCCACCCAACACACUGCUUCUAAGCGAAGCACAGCACAUGGAGGAGAAUUUGACAGUCUCGUACAGCAUCGGACAAGGCCACAAAAAAACAGUGCCGGCGCUGUUCAGGGCGAGCAUCGAAGGGUAUAAAGGGCGCGUGUACCACCGCGACAAUACUGGAUUUUGAUCAUCAUCAAACACAAAUCAAGCCAAGCAGUCAUAUUUGCUCCUCAACAAUGGCCAAAUCCGCUCUAGCCCUCUUCCGGCUGUGUAUUGCUCUGGCCGUCCUUAUCGCCUGUGCACAUACUGCAGUCAUCUCACGGGACUUGUCAACGAACUUGGUCCACGCCCGAAGUCAAGCUGGCACCAAAGCUCCCGCUAAGCACGCUGCUGGUCAUCCUACUGGUCAAAGCACGAGUCACCCCAAGUAUGUAGACAUCAGAGAGCUCGCUCGAGGAGGAAAGGUGAUACAGAGUUUCCCGAUGACGUUCAAGAAUCAGCUGCCCAAAUCCAUCCCUGAGACCGGCUAUAUCCCUCCUGAUGAGUAUUGGACGGAGCGCGGUUUACCGGUACCGAAGAAGAAUGUCGGGCAGACGGACAGAGUACAGCCAUGCUCUGCAACUGAUAGCCAUUUGGACCUGGAUGACAACUUUCUGAGCAACGCCGUCACGGGCAACACCCAUGUCAUUUCCGAUACGCUGUGCGCUCCAGGAACUAUUGGCAAGACCUAUUCAUUCAGUUACUCAUGGUCGGUGAACUUUCAAGCUGGACCUGAUUUGAAAGGCACUAUCAUCUCUCAAUCACCAGUAAUCAAGCAUGUUCUCGAUAAAAUUGGUAUCCGGGGUGGUUUUGCAUAUACCUUUGGUCAGGCGACUACAACCUCGUACUCUAAAAGCUGGAAUCUACCUCAACAACAUCCCUUUGUGCUAACAUUCAAACCGAACAUUCUGAUCAUGAGCGGCCAAGGAAGAGAGGUCAAGACAAACGGGCUCGGCGCGAUCUGCAGCAUUGGCGACACCAGCCAUUUUAUACUUCAUGUUCCCAUGAUGGAAGCCCUUGAA